UUAGGCUUCCUAAAGAGUGGGUCGCCGCCUCCGAUGGAUAGACGAGGUGAAGAAGAAACAGAAUAUGGGGAGAGAAGAAGAAAUCAACCUACAGAAGAAGAGAGUCUUAUUGGUAAGACUUUUGAGCUGAUUCCUCUUGAUCUGAUUCAUGAUAUACUCUUGAGACUUCCCGCUAAAUCUGCUGUGAGGUUCCGUGCCGUCUCGAAGCUAUGGUCAUCCAUCACCACUCGUCCAGAUUUCAUCAGGUCGUUCGCGUUUCAAUCUUCAAGUCGGCUUUGUCUUCUGGUCUGCGUCAAAGCAGGAGACAAACGUUUAUUUAUCUCACUGCCCCAACAUGAGCUCUCGGUUGACUCCGCAUAUUGCUCUUAUGUGGACCGUUGUCAGAUAAAAUACCCUGAAGGUGCUUAUCGUCAUUAUCACGAUCCAGGCUCCGGAUCUGUCCACGGGUUGGUGAGUUUUGGCGAUUUUCACGAGAUCGUAGUUUGGAAUCCUUCAAUGAGACAACAUGUUACCUUACCCGACCCACCCAAACCCAUAGUUAAGUACUAUAUACGUAGCUGUUUAGGACACGAUCCGGUCGAGGAUAAGUAUAAAGUAUUGUGCAUCUCAGGCACCCACAGAGGCUACCACGAUCCUUUUGUUUUUACAUUGGGACCUCAAGAAUCAUGGAGAGUGGCCCAAAAUAGCCCUUCAUAUACACAUAUCCCUCUACCCACCAUGGGACGACUAGGUAUAUGCAUCAACGGGCACGUGUAUUAUGAAGCGGAGAUACGUUUCAAAGGAGAUGGUGAUACUAUAAUAUUUGAAAAUGUCCUUAUGAGCUUCGACGUGAGGUACGAAGAGUUCAACACAAUAAAAAAACCACCUGAUGAUCAUGGACUUGGUGAUGGAGACAAACAAGAAUGGUCGCUCAACCACUUUGUUUGGCCUUUUCCAAGCUAUCCUCAAAAUGACCCGAUCUUUAAAUGCCAACUGCUGAUGAGAGGUGUUACUCAUGAUACUGGUGAGUUUAUUUUUACUGCAACAACUUUUGAAGCAUUUGCUGUUUUAUAUUAUGAUCCAAAGAGAAAGCGUGCAAGGAGGAUCGUGUAUGAAGGGAUUGGAGACGAAGAAUUCUGGAUUCAUAAUGGAAUUUUGGAAGGCAUCCGUCACAAUAUUGAUUGGUUUCCCAAUCAUUGUGAGAGUCUCAUGUCUUUGGGUAAUGUCCUUAUAAAGGCCGACUAGUCAGAAAUAAGAAUUGUGGUCUUCCCCUUCCAAGACUGGAUGCAGAGGUUAUUGCUGGAUGCAGAGGUUAUUGCCAUACUUACCUCGUGAUUAAUCGUACUUGAUAUACUAAUGAGUGUUAUUAACUGUCUGUUUUCAAAGUCGUCCUCCAUUUUCUUACGCCUUUAUUUUUUAUUUAUAAUGUCUAAUGUUCUUAAGCUGAAUCCAUUGUUGGUCUUCGGUAUUUGGUUUGGUUCCAGAACAUAAUCGCCAAAGCUGAUGUUGUUUGGUUUGCUUUUUGACUUUUAAGAAUCUGAUUUGAUA